CUUGUCAAUUGGUUAUGAAUGCUGUGAAUCAGGACAAUUUUAGCUGAUUUCCUGACAGAUUGUAUAUAAAAACCUAUACACUCUCAUUCCAGGAACCACUCUAUUCUGUUUCGUCCACGAGGACUGAUAGUCAUAGGCAUUAUUAACUUCUCUACCAGACUAGAAAAUUUACAAUCUAUCAGCAGAGGCUGAACUGGAAGAAGAAUAUAAAUAAUAACUGAAAAAAAAACAAAAACUUACAGAUCAUAUAAAAAACAAAAUGGGGCAUUCAAAUUCCACAUGUUGUUCAAGGAAAAGGAAAACCAAUGAACGAGUUCUAAUGUUGGGUCUGGAUGAUGCAGGUAAAUCCAAAAGUUUGUAUUACAUGAAGCUGAAUCAAGAGAUCAAGACACUUCCCACCCUGGGGUUUAAUGUGGAGCAGAUUGAACUGGAUAGAACUAAUGUGAUUAUCUGGGAAGUUGGUGGACACAAGAAAAGUCGUGCUCAGUGGCACCAUUAUUAUUCGAAUACAAUAGGCUUAAUUUACGUAGUUGACAGCAGUGAUACACAUCGGAUGGAGGAAAGCUGUAAAGAAUUUUUAGGAGUCAUCCAACAUCCUGAAAUGCAAGGGGUCCCAGUGUUGAUAUUAGCAAACAAACAAGACUUGUCAUCGGCAAUAUCUACUGCAGCCAUUUCGGAUUAUUUCAUGCUAGAUACAACACUAAAAGACAGAAAUUGGUUCAUCCUAAGUGUUUCCUCUGUAUCAGGGUAUGGCUUCAACGAAGCACUUACUCUUUUAAACGCUCUUGUCACUGAAUUCAGGAAAAGGAAAAGUUCACGAAGAAAGAGAGAGGAACUCACAGAGAUAAAGCAAAGCUAACACAUUUGGACAAUUAUAAUUAUCUUCAAUAUCUAUGUAAGCAAUUUUGUAUGAGCACGUGUGGAUUUAAGGAUGUAGAUGAACAUGUAUAAGUAUAUACUUAUGUGUACAUGUGUGCAUAAGUAUGAGUAUAUAUGUACAUGUGUGUAUGUUUAAUGGUGUAUAAUGUGUAUCAUCAUCAUCAUCAUCAUUUAAUGUCCAUGUUACCUGCCAGCAUGGGAUGGACGAUUUGACUGAAACUGGUAAGACUAGGAGCUGCACCAGGCUCCAUUCUCUAUUCUGAUAUAAUUUCUACAGCUGGAUGCCCCUUCCUAACAUUAGCCGCUCCACAGAGUCCACUGGGUGCUUUUUAUGAGGUACCAGUACCAAUGCUUUUAACAUGGCACCAGCACAAGCGCUUUUUAUGAGACACCAGCAUUGGCAUCAAUUCUGUUGUAGUGGAUGGAUUUUCAUGAGUACAGCAAGGUACCAUAUAUCUAUGUAUACAGAUUUGCAUAUCUAUGAUUGUAUAUGUGUGUAUGUAUGAUUGUAUAUGUGUGUAUGUAUGCAUGUGCAGGUAUGUGUCUGUAUGCUUGUACAGGUGCGUGUGUGUGUGUUUAUAUUGUUUUAUGUAUAUGUAUAUAUAUCUUUGUUGGGAACACAGUUAGAUUUAAACAAACACUAGAAAAUAAUCUACAAAUAUUAUUACGAGCUAAUUAAAUCCUUAACUAAUUAGGCAUGGCUGUUUUGGUUAAUAAGCUUGCUUUGCAACCACUCAGUUUCAGGUUCAGCCUCAUCAUGUGACAUCAUGGACAGGUGUCUUCUACUACAGCCUCAGAUUGACCAAUACCUUAUGAGUGAAUCCAGUAAAUGGAAACUGUGUGGAAGCCCAUUGCAUUUAUAUAUAUAUAUGCAUACAUACACACACACACAUACACAUAUAUACAUAUACACACAUAUAUAUAUACAUACAUACAUACAUAUAUAUAUGUGCAUCUAAAUAAAUAUAUAUGUGUGUGUUUGUGUAUAUAAAUAUAUAUAUUCAUAUAUACAUGCAUACAUAUACAUAUAUAUACAGCGUUCAUACACAUAAUUUUUCCCGUCUGGCUGUAUAGCCUUUUCUGUUGUUUUCUUGUCUUGUUUUUUGUCCGCCACUACAUUCCUCCAUGGCAAGGUUUAAUUUGUGUAUACAAAUUUAAUUUGCGGUCCAUGGGAAGAGCCGUUUUAGCGAUGCGUCCUGCCCAGCUCUUCGAAACACCGGUGUUAAAACGGGGGUAGCUGAUGAAGAAGAAUGUUCUCUAUGUGGCUUGUGUGUUUUCUCGUCUACAUUUUGUUUGCAAUGUCCUGUACCCAGAUAUAUAUGCACCUAUACAUACAGGUGGAUGUCAGUAUGCACAUACCUGUACGUAUAUAUGCAUAUACUCAUUUACUAUUUGUUUUUAUAUAUAUAUAUAUAUAUAUAUAUAUGUAUGUAUAUAUACACACACAUAUAUAUAUGCAUGUAUAUAUAGAUACAUAUACAUACAUAUAUAUAUACAAACACAUACAUACAUAUAUAUAUUUAUAUCUUAAAUUAUGAAGACGAUGUGUGUGUGCAUGUGUAUCUUUGUGCCUCUGUUAAUCUCCACCAGCACCAACAUCACUGCUUGACAACCGUUGUUGGUUUCUUCACAUCCCUAUAACUUAGAGGUUUGGCAAAAGAGACCAAUAAAAUAAGUACCAGACUUUAAAGAAUUAAGUACUGAGGUCAAUCUGUUGAGUAAAAUUGUUGAAAACACUUACCAAACAAGCUUGCAGUUCAAUGACCGAAACAACUACGCAGGAAAAAAAGACAAUUGUGAGUUAGGUACCAGAAAUAACCUGAACUAAACAACAAAACUGCAUAGAAGUAAACGCAGAAAACAUAUACACACACAUCCUAUUUGGAACAAAUCUACUCUUUGUGGAGAGUAAAAUACCACUUGAGAAUGAGGAUAUAUUUUUUUGAUGAAAACACUUCACAGACAAACAAAAGAAAAUGAUACUACUAUUGUGAGGCCAGAAUAAAAGCUUUAUUAUUUAAAAUUCUGUGAAAAGAAAAAAAACAAUAUCUGAAUCCCGUGGGAAAAAGAAAAAAUGUACUUUUAUUGAAUAAAAACAAUGAGUACAUAUAUAUAUAUAUGUAUAUACACACACAUACAUAUAUAUAUAUAUAUACAUGUAUAUAUAUAUACAUAUACUCAUACAUAUAUAUACAUAUAUAUAUAUAUCAUCAUCGUUUAAUGUCCGCUUUCCAUGCUAGCAUGGGUUGGACGAUUUGACUGAGGACUUGUGAAACCAGAUGGCUACACCAGGCUCCAAUCUGAUUUGGUAGAGUUUCUACAGCUGGAUGCCCUUCCUAACGCCAUAUACAUAUACACAUAUAUAUAUGUGCACACACACACACACACACACACAUGUAAGAUUAAAUAAAUCGACAACAAACGGAAAAUAUGACAGACCUAUGUAUAUAUAAUUCAAAAACGUGUAGUAAAUAAGCAUACCAAUGUACACUAAAUACACAGAUGAACAGAAAACACACUAGGUCACCAAUUCUUCAUCAGUUAUCGGCCAGAGGCUCAAAGACCAUUAUCGUAUCGAUAAUGGCUGAAAAUGCGUUUGACCCUCUGGUCGAUAAAUGAUGAAGAAUUGGUGACCUAGUGUGUUUUCUGUUCACCUGUGUAUUUAGUAUAUGUUUGUUUAUUUAUUUACUGCACAUCUUUUGAAUUAUAUCUAUAUAUAUAUAUAUAUGUCUGUCAUAUUUUCCAUUUGUUGUCUUUUUAUUUAACCCUGAAAAUAUUAUUUAAGUAAUGCAUGCACUCAUUAAUUUUUUUACCUACAUAUAUAUAUAUAUACACAUUAGCAGUAUACAUAAAUUGGAGAAAGCAACUCUGACAUGAAACUUGCAGUCGGAAUAACACCAGUCUUCUUGCAAUGCUUGUCACUGGAACACACUACAGUGACCAAGAGAAUAGCAAAAGUGUUGUGCAAGCUUUUCUCUUAAACCCAAUGGUAUUUAGGUGUCUCACUAUCAUUUUUUAAUGUGAAACAACGAUUAUCUGACAAGAUGAGGCAAUCAUCAUGUAUGUGUGUAUAUAUAGUAAUUUCCCUGUUUACUUUACAUAUAAAUAAGCAAAUUUAUACAUAUAAUUGGUAAAGCAAAGACACACACACACACACACACACACACACACAAAAGCUAUAGACUCAUCUUAUUUCUUAAACCAACAAAUGUAUAUAGAUAACAUAUAUUGAUAUACAUAUAGUAUACUGUAGACAGCUGGAUGAAAAAUUCAUCAGUUAUUAGUCAAUUAAUGAACAGAUAUCUGAAGCAUUUUCAAAAGACUGUUUCAUAAAAAAUUAUAUUGGCAAUCUUCAGAAGCAUCAAAUUUCUGUGAUAUGGGAGUUGAAAUAUACUUCUAAACUGUAAAUAUUUCAAAAUAAAUUAUUUUAUUCACAUCAUGAA